GCGGAAAGAAACAGAGAGCCCCCAAUCCCAAUCCCAACCCCUCCGGUCCGGCCCAUCCAGUCCAGUCUAGUCUCCACCCCCGCCGGCCGAGUCAACCGACGCCCGGACCCCCCUCGUCUCGUCAUGGCGGCCGCGACGGCGACGGCGACGGCGGCGGACGAUGAGGCGCGCCUGCUGCGGCUGGAGGAGCAGGCGGAGCACGGCGGCGGCGGCGCCUGGGAGUACCUCUCCCUCGCCCGCAGGCUCCGCGCGCGCCGCCCCGCCCCCGUCCUCCGCCUCGGCCUCUCCCUCCUCAACGACGCCUCCGCCCGCUCCCGCCUCGCCUCCGAGCAGUGGACGCUCUACGAGCAGGUGGCGGUGGCCGCCAUGGACUGCCAGCGUCUUGAUGUCGCAAAGGAUUGUAUUGGAGUCCUCUCCAGGCAGUUUCCUGGCAGCGCUCGUGUUGGCCGGCUAGAAGCCCUGCUGUUUGAGGCAAAGGGUGAUUGGGCUGAAGCUGAAAGAGCUUAUGCACUUAUCCUGGAAACCAACCCAUUUGAUCAGAUUGUCCACAAGAGAAAAAUUGCUAUUGCAAAAGCACAAGGUGACAUGUCUUUAGCAGUUGAUUAUUUGAACAAGUAUCUGGAAUUAUUCAUGGCGGAUCAUGAUGCAUGGAGAGAGCUUGCUGAAAUUUAUGUUUCCUUACAAAUGUACAAACAAGCCGCCUUUUGUUACGAGGAACUAAUAUUGGCUCAACCAACCAUUCCACUUUAUCAUCUAGCUUAUGCUGAGGUUUUGUACACACUGGGUGGUUUGGAAAACCUUCAAACCGCUAAAAAGUACUACGCGUCGACGAUCCAGUUGACUGGGGGCAAGAACACGAGAGCUCUCUUUGGCGUGUGCCUGUGCAGCGCAGCGAUCAGCCAGCUGACCAAAGGGAGGAACAAGGAGGAGGAGAGCUCGGAGCUGCAGAGCCUGGCCGCAGAGGCACUGAUGAAGGAUUACAAGCGGCGCGCGCCGUCCAUGGAGGCGCUCGUCGCGGGCAUGCUGAAGAACAUGAAGCUCUCCUGAUCUGACCCUUGUUGGCUCACAAGGGCUUUAGCUUUAGCUAGCUGAGCGAGCGAGCACUAGUGCCUCACGCAUGCGGUGGGCUCUGCUUUGGAGACGGCAGAUCCUUCCAGCAGCAUUGUAAACUUUAUUUACGAAAGAUCCUUCCUUGUUUCCAUAUAUGUCGUUUUUGGGUUUGUUUUUGUUGCCAUAGUAGAGCAAUAAGGAAAACAACACUGUACUAUUGUAGUUUUGAAUAUAGACGAAAGUUUUGAUCUGUCA